GCCACCCGGACGGGGUCUGGGGCCGCGGCGGCGGCGGCGGCGGGCGGCGGCGGCGGCAGCUCCAACAGCAGCGGCGACGCCCUGGUGACCCGCAUCUCCAGCCUGCUCCGCGACCUGCCCACCCUGAAGGCGGCCGUGAUAGUGGCGUGCGCCUUCACCGCGCUGCUCAUCGCCUGCCUGCUGCUGCGCGUCUUCAGGUCGGGAAAGAGGUUGAAGAAGACCCGCAAGUAUGACAUCAUCACUACUCCAGCCGAGCGAGUGGAAAUGGCCCCGCUGAACGAAGAAGAGGAUGAGGAUGAGGACUCCACAGUAUUUGACAUCAAAUACAGGUAAAAUCUAUAUCCAGCAUGUUGGCAUCCUGUGGAACGUUGGUCAGCUGCAGCCUGGGAUGUGAAGGAUCUGGAAGCUGUCUUGUCUGAGAUGUUGAAACCAAAACAAACACUAUGAAACUCUGGCACAGUUGUGUGUGUCGCACAUCAGCUCAGAAUAUCACUGCAGGAGAGUCGCCUCUACUACCCUCUAGAUGCCCCUUUAAAAUGUCACCCUGUCUUCCUCAAGAGGGUUUUUGUCUUGCUACGGGGCAAGGGAUAGAAACAUUUUGACUUAAACAAAGUAACUUUAAGGCAACUGUUCACAAAAGUAAAGAGAUCAGAAGUUAACAGGA